AUAUUCGCAUUUUUUCACUAUUAAUCGGAAAGACUUGUAUGCUUUAUUAGGACUUAUUAUAACUGUUAUUAUUUAUCAGAAUUUGACUAUGCUGGUGUCGCAGGACGUUUUACACGCGAGUGAAGCCGCUUGUUCGGCGUUAUGUUCCUGUUCGUCCAUCGCCUCAUGAAUAUGAAUUAGAUCGAAGGACAUAAGACUAAACGUCCCGGCUCAUUUGGAAAUAGCGUCCAACCGAAGACGCAGUCACAUUACUGGCUGAGUGGUACCUUGGAACGGGAGUAUCAAGCUUGUAUAUCAAGUGAAUUUACGUGAUUAUUUUGGAUUUUUUACAUUAGAACGGAAAUGGCUUUGAGAGGUCCUCUGCUUCAUCUCUUUCGAAGACAGCUGAACAUCGCUCGUCCGAAUCAAAUUCGGGCGCAUUCUGUCGCAAUUUUGGGCGCCCCAUUCUCCAAAGGACAGAAAAGGCGAGGAGUGGAGCAUGGACCAAAAGCGAUCAGGGAUGCGGGUCUGAUCGAGAGGCUUUCCAAUUUAGACUGCUCUGUGCAUGAUUUCGGAGACCUGAGCUUCCCGCACCUGGACAAGGACGAGCCCUUCAUGCAGGUGCCGUUCCCCAGGACGGUCGGCCGCGCCAACAAGCUUCUGUCCAACGCGGUGGACGGUGCCGUCGGGGCUGGGCACACCUGCGUCAUGCUGGGAGGCGACCACAGUCUAGCCAUUGGCUCCGUGUCGGGCCACGCCCGGCAGUGUCCGGACUUGUGUCUGAUCUGGGUCGAUGCCCACGCGGACCUCAACACGCCAGAAACCUCACCGUCAGGAAACCUACACGGCCAGUCUGUUGCCUUCCUGCUUAAAGAACUGCAGGACAAGAUGCCCAGCAUCCCAGGGUUCUCCUGGAUGAAGCCCUUCCUGUCCUCUUCAGACCUGGUGUACAUCGGCCUGCGAGACGUGGACCCCGGAGAGCACUACUUUCUGAAGAACCUGGGGAUCCAGUACUUCACCAUGAGAGACAUAGACAGAAUGGGCAUUCAGAGGGUCAUGGAGGUCACCCUUGAUCACCUGUUGGCCAGGAAGCAGCGGCCGAUUCACCUGAGCUUCGACAUCGACGCCUUCGACCCCUCCCUGGCCCCGGCCACGGGGACCCCUGUGAACGGCGGUCUGACGUACAGGGAGGGCAUCUACAUCACAGAGGAAAUACACAACACCGGCCUGCUCUCGGCGAUGGACCUGGUGGAAGUGAACCCCGUUCUGGGCGCGAGCAGCGAGGCGGUCGAAGCCACGGCAGGCCUGGCGGUCGACGUGAUUGCCUCGUCGCUGGGCCAGUCGCGCGAGGGGGCCUUCCAGGGAACGCCCUCCCCCACGGAAGACACGGAGCAGCUGCGGCUUUAGGCCUGCAACCGACCCCCGACGCCCCCCCCCACCCCAAACCCUAUACCCCUCUGCCCACCCCUGACUGGACACUGCCAAGAUUGAGGACUUCAGUGAGAUAACCCAUCGCUGCAUUCCAGAAACCUUUCACCAAUAAAAACGCUUGUACGGGGCACCAGACGGACCUGUAGUCAAAAUAACUUCCAGCUUCCGUCGACGAGGUUUUUCGGGAGGCCUUGACCAAGCCCCGACCUCGAACCACUCGUGUGUUUUCAAAACGAUGGCCCAGUAGAGACUGAGUAACGAGUUUACACGGGACGAGUCGAAGAACUGCAAAGAAAGAGGCAGAAACGUUAGAAUGUAAGAAUGUGUUGCUAGGAACAUGAGCACCUGCCAGUUUUGGCAGCCGUGCGAGUUAGUUCUCUGUAGUAUAUGAAGGUAUUUGCACUUAGGACCAGUCAUGGUUUUUAUUUAAUGUCCAAAAAGUUGUUUUUUUUGUAUAGUAAUAGUAAUGUCGAUGCGUUUUAAAAAAAUGUAUGUAUGUGUAUGAGUGUGUGUAUUCUGUGUGUGAAUUGCUAUUGGACGAUUACUUGCCUUUUAAUCAAAAACAGGCAACUGGAGUAUGAAAAAUUACUAUGUACCUUUGUACCAUUUUCCCCUCUGUCCUAACUGCUGUAUUUGUCUUUUCAAGUUCAGGGUAGUGCAAUGGAAAAACAGUUAUCAACAGGCCAAGAGUUAUUUUUGUCCGAAUGUGUGUGUGCACGCGUGUCUGUGUACAAUAAAAUGACAUAAAGAAGUAA